AUGAUAAAGUAGACAUCAAAAGUUUACGAAUCAUUUGAGUAGUUUUGUGGAUAAUAAUAAUAAUGGAUAAAAUAAGAACAUGAAGAAGAGCAAAAAUUCAUCUAAUUAAUAAGCUAAUAAUUGACUUACACUCAAAUUAUACAAAUAGGUUAUGGAUUAGGAAGAUUGAAAUUAAUCAAAACUAAAUUGACAUUUGGUAAUAGAUAAUUACUUGUUUUUGAAUAAUAAUAAACAUUAUAAAAAUAAGAUGACAACAAAGAAGAAUAAAAUAAAGUAUUUUCAGAAAUAAAAUAAGAAAAUUUUAGAUUAAAAUAAGGUGAUCAAGUGGGCAUUUAUAUAUGGUCUAACGUUUUAACUUAAUAGAAAUUUAAAAAUCCUGAUGCAGUUGGUGUAAUUGAUAGAUAUAGAAAGAACUUAAGAAUUAUUUUAGAACAAAAUUGUAAAAUCCCAGAUGAUAAUUCAAUUUAUGGGAUUUGUUUACAGGAAAAUCAAGUUACAUAUAAGAGGUAAUUCUUUUGUUCAAAUAUAGACAUUUAUAAGUAAUUGAUGAUUUAAAGUAAUAAUACGAAAAGCAUCCAAUUAUAUAAAUAUUGUUUGGUGAUUAAGAUGAAAAAAUGAAAGAAAAAAUAGAUUAAAAUAUGGAAUUCUAGGGUGAUACAAUAAAAUAAUUAAAUGAAUAACAAAAGAUUGCUGUUCAAAAGGCAAUGAAUCAACCUCAUAUUUCUUUAAUACAUGGUCCUCCUGGAACAGGAAAAACCAGAACUGUUUGCGAAUAUAUUAAAUAAGCUGUUUUGGUUCAAAGACAGAAAGUAUUUAGUAGAUUUUACAUUUAAUAGAUUUUAGCAUGUGCCAAUUCUAAUAUUGCAGUUGAUAACAUGAUUGAAAGAAUUUAACACAUAAGCUAAUUGAAGGUUUGUAGGAUUGGUAAUCCUGCAAGGAUGACAGAUUAAGUUAGAUAUGUUUGCAUUGAUCAAUUAGUGAAAAAGACAACAAGUUACGCAAUGUAUUCAAAAUGAUAAAUUAAUAUAGAAUGAAGACAAUAAAAACGGAGAUUUAAUAGAUUGAAAAAAAACUUAAUAGAGCUGAGAGAAAAGAGGCAGCUGAACUUAGAGAUAAACUGAAAUUAAAAAAAAAGGAGUAUUUUGAAUAGUAAUAAUUGGCCUAUGAGGAAGCUAUUUAAGAUUGUCAAGUAAUAUUUAGUACAAACGUUGGAAGUGGUUAAUUUCAAUUUUAAUAACUAACCAAAAAUAUUAAAUUUGAUGUUGUUGUUAUUGAUGAAUGUGCACAAUCAUUAGAAAUAAGUUGUUGGAUUCCAAUUCUUAAAGGAAACAAAGUAGUCUUAGCCGGAGAUCAUUGCUAGUUACCCCCAACUGUCAAAACAAAAAAUACUGGAUUGGAAAUGACCUUAUUUGAAAGAGUUGAAAACGAACUUCGCGUUAACACAUUAUUAAAUGUGUAAUAUAGAAUGAAUAAAUCUAUUAUGUAAUGGUCAUCUUAAGAAUUUUAUGAUGGUCAUUUGGUUGCUGAUUAAACAGUUGCUAAUAGAACAGUAAGUGAUACCAUAUUACUUUUUGUUGAUACUUCAUGUUGUGAUUUUUAUGAAUAAUAAUAAGAAAGUUUAUUAUAUUUUGAUGAUUAAAAUAAAUCCAAAUAUAAUGUUGGUGAAGCAGGAUUAGUGUAAAUAAUUUCUGAAGAACUGAUAAAUCUAGGUGUUUAGAAAUAAGAUAUUGGAAUCAUUACACCUUAUAAUGCUUAAGUUUAAUUAUUAAAGUCUAAAAUUAAUGAUAUUGAAAUUUCAACCGUGGAUGGAUUUUAAGGAAGAGAAAAAGAUUGUAUCAUAAUAUCAAUGGUUAGAUCUAAUCAGAUAGGAGAAGUAGGUUUCUUAUGUGAAUCUAGGAGAAUGAAUGUUGCUGUUACAAGAGCCAAAAAAUUUGUUUGCCUUAUAGGGGAUAGUGAAACUGUUUCUAAAGAUCCCUUUUUGAAAAGACUAAUUGACUACUUUGUAGAAAAUGGAGAAUAGAGGAGCGCAUAGGAAUAUUAACACGAUGAUAAAAUUUAAAUACCAAUAAAAAUACAAUAAGUCUAAUAAGAUAUAAAGAAAAAGAAAAAUACAUAACCUAAAACGCAAACUAAAGAGCAAAAUAAAAAUAAAAAUAAUAAAAUUGAAGAUUAAUAAAAAGCCCCAAAUCUUGUUUAAUAAGAAUAAGAUUAAAAUAUUAUAUCUUAAGUUGAAUAAUAGGUUCUUAAUUUUAUAAAUUCAAAUGAUUCAAAACUUAUUUUAAAAAAGUAAAAUGGUUUUCAAAGAAAAGAGCUUCAUGAAUUAGCAGAAAAAUAUCAAUUACAUCAUGAAAGUAUUGGUAAUGAUAGAUUGAAAACCUUAAAAUUAACUAAAACAUAAAAUUCUAAAUAAUAACAAAAUUUAGAUGAUUAAUUCAAUGACUAACAAUAGGGCGAAGCAAUCGAUUAGAAAAUAUCCUAACAUCAAAAUUAGGAUGAUGCAAUAGUUGAUUAAAGCUAAAAAUUAGAAAAAAAACAAGAAUAAUAACAACAAGAGUUGUAAUAAAAGUAAUCAUAAUAAUAAUAACAACAAUAAUAAUAAUAAUAGUAAUAACAAUAACAAUAAUAGUAAUAAUAGUAAUAACAAAAAUCAUAAUAACAAUAUUAAUAAUAGCAACAAUAACAAUAAUAAAAAUAAUAACAACAAUAAUAAGAGAAGUAACAAAAAUAAAAUUCUUAAUAAUAAUAAGAGAAAAAGUAAAAUAAUAAAAAUAACAAAAAAACUCAAGAGUAAAGGGAAAAAGAAGAAGAAGAAUUUUUUAAUUCUAUCAUUAUAAAAGACGAGAAAAAAUGUUCCUUUAUGUCCAAUAAUAUUCAAUGUAGUUAAAGUAUAUAAUGGUUGAAUUAAAAAUGUAAAUUUUGUAAUAAUUCAUUUUGUCAAUAUCAUGCAUAUGCUGAAAGGCAUGGAUGCGAGGAUGAAGCCUGUAGAUAAGCCAAGUAAUGAAUUACAAUAACUAGAUUAUAAUUUUAAUCCGAAGGCCUAAAAACAGAAAAGAGUAGGGCUGCCAUUUUAGAAAAAAUAGCCGAGUAGUAGAAGGCUAGAGGGAAAAAGUAGAAAAAAUGA